CCCGAGGAGCCCAGCUGAGUUUCAAGAUAUAAAAGCGACUUCGGGUGCCCCCUUUCCAGCCUGGACGUCUUAAAGGGCUCGGAGCCGGGCAGCUCCCGGCGCCGCAGCGCUCGCUUCCCCUUCCCUCCUCUCUGGCCCUCCCUCCUCCCGCCCACUCGCUCCCUCCCCCAGCGCUCUCCAGGCUCCGAGCCCCAGGAGCUCCGCGACAGCUUUCCAGGAUUAUGGAGUUUCUGAGCGAGAAGUUUGCCCUCAAGAGCCCACCGAGUAAAAACAGUGACUUUUACAUGGGCGCAGGAGGCGCGUUGGAGCACGUUAUGGAGACGCUGGACAAUGAGUCCUUUUACAGCAAAGCGUCGGCAGGCAAAUGCGUGCAGGCCUUCGGGCCCCUGCCCCGCGCAGAGCAUCACGUGCGCCUGGAGAGGACCUCGCCCUGUCAGGACAGCAGCGUGAACUAUGGGAUCACUAAAGUAGAAGGACAGCCUCUUCACACCGAACUAAAUAGAGCUAUGGACAACUGUAACAGUCUCCGGAUGUCUCCCGUGAAAGGGAUGCCAGAGAAGGGAGAACUGGAUGAACUUGGGGAUAAAUGUGACAGCAAUGUAUCCAGCAGUAAGAAGCGGAGACACCGAACCACCUUUACCAGCUUGCAGCUGGAGGAGCUGGAAAAGGUCUUUCAGAAAACCCAUUACCCGGACGUAUAUGUCAGAGAACAGCUUGCUCUGAGGACUGAGCUGACUGAGGCCAGGGUUCAGGUUUGGUUUCAAAAUCGAAGGGCCAAGUGGAGAAAAAGAGAACGCUAUGGCCAAAUCCAACAAGCUAAAAGCCAUUUUGCUGCCACCUAUGACAUAUCAGUUUUGCCAAGGACUGACAGCUAUCCACAGAUUCAGAACAAUUUGUGGGCAGGAAAUGCGAGUGGUGGUUCUGUGGUUACUUCAUGCAUGUUACCACGAGACACUUCCUCCUGUAUGACACCUUACUCUCACUCGCCUCGGACAGAUUCCAGUUAUACAGGGUUUUCAAAUCACCAGAACCAGUUCAGCCACGUGCCCCUCAACAAUUUUUUCACUGACUCUCUUCUUACCGGGGCUACCAAUGGACAUGCAUUUGAAACAAAGCCAGAGUUUGAAAGGAGGUCCUCCAGUAUUGCAGUUCUUCGAAUGAAAGCCAAGGAGCACACUGCCAAUAUUUCAUGGGCCAUGUAAUAUACAGUACUCUUUUCUUUUUCUCUUAAUGGCAGAGUAAAACAUUCUUAUUUCUCAUAUUUAAAGGAUACCACAAUAAGCUGCUGUGUGUGGAAUUGCUAAAGGUCAAGAUAUACAGUGAGACCAGCUUAAAUGAAUAGUUGUUAUUAUUUAACAUUAAAAUCUAAGAAUGAACCUCUGAAAAGACUGAAUAGGUUUACCAUGCACCCAUCUCCACAAACUGUUUUAGUAGUAAGAUUUUUUCUAUUGUACGAGUUGAUGAAAUAUGAUCAUGCAACUUCUUAAAAGAAUAAAUGUAUUAAACAA